UGUCAUCAGGCCCCGCCCACCUGCUGAGACUAUACGUGCAGAGUUUCAGAGUCCAGCUCCACAUCGAGGACGUCCCACUGCUGAACAAGUCCUGAGGCCAGACCACAGACACUCAGUGAGGUUGUCCAGCUGCUGGUCGCUCCUCUUCAUCAUCCUCCUCUUCAUCACCCUGGUCUGCUGAAGCUGAGGCUGUGAGGUCAUGACGGGCGUCUCUCUCCUCCCCUGGGUCCUGCUACUGCUCGGAGGGACUCUUGUCCUGAGUGGGACCGAGGCUCAGAGGGUCAGAGCCGGUCGUCAGAACAUGAAGGUCCGGAUCAAGGCGACGGGCGACACCAUCGUGAUGAAGUUCGUGCGUCCGAACCCGGACGUGAAGCUGGAGGGUUACGUCCUGGGCUACGGCAGCAGCCUGUUCUCACGACAGUUCAUCCAGCUGCCGCAGGACGGGCGACCGUACGAGGCCGAGAUGGACGCUGAGCCCAAGUACCUGGUCGCCGUGCAGCCGCUGCCCGUCAACGAUGUGAAGAAGCACUGCACAGGUAAGGUGAACCUGGAGAAGCCUCUCCACCUGGUGGUCGGUUCCAUCAGCCCAACGGCCGUGCUGCUGUCGUGGGGCAACGACCUGAAGAUGCCGUACGAGGGCGACGUCAUGAACCAGUGUCUGGAGGACGGGUUCUACACCAUCCGGUACCGGGAGCGGAGCAGGAAGUGGAACUACCAGACGUGCCCGACCAGCGACACGGUCGUCGACCACCUGAAGCCCAACACGCCGUACGAGUUCGGGGUUCGAUCCAACAAGGACGAGCGCAGCAGCUCGUGGAGCAAACCGCUCGUCCACAGCACCAACAUGGGCAAUCAGAAGGUUCAGAAGACGUUCAGGCUGCGGAACCCUCUGGUCAAACCGCUGAAACCUGUGAAACCCCUCGGGCCUCUCACCCUGUUUCCUCCUCAUCCUGCUCUGCACAACCGGACGCAGCCGCGACUUUCUCCUCCACUCAAACACCCGGGGUUCAUCGGAGCGCCGCGCACGUUCGCGCCACCCAAGGGCCAACAGGAUGCGUUGCCUCUCCCUGCCGCCGCGGAGCCUAAACGACCUCAUGCGUCACUCGACGAAGGGAACUCUGUUAGAAACGACAGCGAGCGCCCGGCGGAUCCUCGUCCUCCUGCCCUCCCCCGACUCCGGCCCACCACGUCCUCCCCCCUCACUAGGUCACCGUCCGGCGGUGACGGGCCUCAGGGGCGGACCACCCAGACCAGUAACGCUCCUCAGAACCCUCAGAACUCUGCUGCUUUCCACCAAUCACAUGAUCUGCUGAGAACAGCUGUGGCCAAUGAGAGGGGUCAAGCUAACAGCCGGGGUGAAGGUCGGUCUAUGCAGACCCCCAGCCCGACCGGCAGGUCCAGGCCCGCGUCAGGAUUCCGCCUCUUCCCACUUGCUAACCACCGCCCCCACCCCUCGUCCUCUCGUCCCCGGACCUCCGGGACCCCUGGGGUCGAUGGAAACCCUCCCCGCCGCCUUUCCCCGCCACAACUGGCCGCUUGGUUCCGACAGCGACCGGGAUCAGCUGCUCGUCCGGCGACGCCCAUCAACAAGAGGCCCAACCUGGUGGGGACACCUGGAGAGACAGACAAGUUGAACAACUUCAAGCAGACGGACAAGUUGCUGCCGAUCCUCAAACCCAAAGUCCCAGCAGCCACCACCAAGCCGACCAAACGGGAGCGGAGACCAACCACGACCACGACUGCAACGCCGACGACACCUGCGACCCGACAGGGGACCUGGGAGGACUCUGACCUGUUCCAGUCCCAGCCUGCCUCAGACCUCGACGCCUUGGGCAGGAAGCGUUACGUCGCGCCGCACGUCGUCUACCAGACAGGCAAGAAACCGAACGAGCCUUGUUCCAUCACCUCCUCCCUCAACUUCUUCCCCGGAGCCGAACUGGGCGAGACCAAUGUGACGGCUCCGCCCAGGAACCCUCCCUCCAACCUCACUGUGGUGACGGUGGAGGGAUGUCCGUCUUUCAUCAUCCUGGACUGGGAGAAAACCGACAACGACACCACAGAGUACGAAGUCAUCUCCACCGCCAAAGGACCGGACGGCGAACAGGUCUCCGUCCUGACCACCAACCAGACCCACACCGCCGUGGAGAACCUCAGACCUGAGAGCAGUUACGAGUUCAAGGUGAAGCCCAAGAACGAGCUGGGAGUCGGUCCGCUGAGCGAGCCGGUGUCCUUCAACACAGAGUCAGCGGACCCUCGGGUCAGCGAGAACGUUUCAGGUAAAGACGCCAUCUGGACGCAGUUCCCCUUCAAGACGGACUCGUACUCGGACUGCCACGGGAAGCAGUACGUGAAGAGGACCUGGUACCGCAAGUUCGUGGGCGUCCAGCUGUGCAACUCGCUCCGGUACAAGAUCUACCUGAGCGACUCGCUCAACGGUAAAUUCUACAACAUCGGAGAUCAGACGGGCUUCGGCGAGGAUCACUGUCAGUUCGUCGACUCCUUCCUGGACGGACGGACGGGCCGACAACUGAGAGCCGACCAGCUGCCGUCCAGACCCGGUUUCUACAGAGCCGUGCGUCAGGAGCCCGUCAUCUUCGGUCCGAUUGGAGCGCACUCCCACGUCAGCUACGUCUCGUGGUACGAGUGUGGAACACCGAUCCCAGGAAAAUGGUGAAGGAGUCCAGGGUCGUCCUCUGAGGCGCCUCAAGGAGGCCUGGUCGCCGGGCCCCGGACGGGACAACAGGCCACACCUCCAAACCCAGAGCUGUAAAAACAUGUACAGGACAAUAUCGUCAUGAGAGCAUUUUCUGAAGUAUGUAACAGCAGAUGAAGAAGAGCAGGACGCUCCGUGCAGGUUGGACAUGUUUCAUAUCUACAUUCACAUGUAGACUUCAUCAUGGGAAGCUGGCUCCCAGGAAAAGUGUUUUGAAAUCAUGUGAGAUGUUAAUUAUCAAAAGAGUCGCUGUUGAUACUCCUGCUGGUUACUCUGGUACCAUUUCACAACCACGUCCACCAGGUCCAAACACCAUGGACGAACGAUACUGACGAUACUCAUGAUACUGACGAUACUGACGAUACUGACGAUACUCACGAUACUGACGAUACUGACGAUACUCACGAUACUCACGAUACUGAUGAUACUCACGAUACUCACGAUACUCACGAUACUGACGAUACUCACGAUACUGACGUUACUCACGAUACUGACGAUACUCACGAUACUGACGUUACUCACGAUACUCACGAUACUCACGAUACUGACGAUACUCACGAUACUCACAAUACUGACGAAACUCACGAUACUGAUGAUAGUGACGAUACUCACUAUAAUCACGAUACUGACGAUACUCACUAUAAUCACGAUACUCACGAUACUCACGAUACUGACAAAACUGACGAUACUCACUAUAAUCACUAUACUGACGAUACUCACGAUACUGACGAUACUCACGAUACUCACUAUAAUCACGAUACUCACGAUACUCACGAUAC